CUCUAAACAGUCCUCUUGAGCUGGUUUUAAUUGCUCCUGCUCCUAAGCCCUGCCCCUCAGGGCCUCUUCUUCAGAGACCAAGAAUAACAUUCCAUCUCAUUCCUGUCUCUGCAGGUGGGGCUGCUUCUCCGGGUUCGUCCCUUGGCCUCUAUAGUCCUACAGAGCCAGUGGUGGUGGCCUCUGGUGGAUUAGGCCCACUGAACCAGAAAGCUGAGCAGGUGGUACCUGCUGCCCAGACCUGGGGCCCCACCCUGGCAGUGCCUGAAGCCAGGGUCUGCUCUGGGGGUGCUAGCUGGGAGAUACCACAGAGAAAGGAGUGCAGCCGAUACUGCCACAAAUUCCCCAACGUGAGGCAACCAGAGAGCUUGGGCUGGGAGAAUGGCUGCUCCAGAAGCAGAGCUCCCCACCUGAGUGGCCCCAGCAGGCCUGGGCCCCUGCUGCUGUGUGGGCUGUCACCAGGGGUUCUGCCAGUGCCCUCUGAGGCAGUGGGGAAGGAGGCCGGCUCCCAGCCUGACAUCUGCAUCCUUACCCUGGCUAUGAUGAUCGCCGGCAUCCCCACCGUGCCUGUCCCAGGCCUGCGGGAAGAGGACCUGAUCCGGGCAGCUCAAGCUUUCAUGAUGGCCCAUCCAGAGCCUGAGGGAGCUGUGGAGGGAACGUGGUGGGAGCAAGUGCAUGCCCACACAGCCUCUAGGCAGAUGUCCCUAAUGAGAUCCAGGAGGGGCCAGCCUCCUGGCUCCUGCUUGUAGCUGGAUGAAAUAGCACCAGA